CUACAAGCGUGUGGUGACAAAGCAGCGAGCGGCCGUGGCGGUGGUGGUGUGUUGGACUGUGGCCUUCAUCGUGGGCUUGACCCCCAUGCUGGGCUGGAACAACCUCUGGAGGCUGCAGCAGAACGGUUCCCUGAACGAGGAUCUCAUCAUCACCUGUCAGUUUGAGAACGUAAUCAGCAUGGACUAUAUGGUCUACUUCAACUUCUUCGGCUGGGUGCUGCCUCCGUUACUCCUCAUGCUGGUCAUUUACACAGAGAUCUUCUACAUGAUCCACAAGCAGCUCAACAAGAAG